AUGAACAACACAAAUGGAACGGUCUCCGCGCCUUGGGAUCCUGCAUGGGCUGCCGAGAGCAACACCGCGCGCAUCAUCACCGUCGUGACCUUCUUCCACCUUCUGGCUCAACUGAGUGUUGCGCUUCGGAUGUACGCUAGAAUUUGGGUCAUCGAAGCGCCUGGGUGGGAUGAUGCAGUCAUAGUCUUGUCAGCGGCAAGGGGAUGGAUCGCCUUUUUGAUACAGGCGCAAUACGGCCUUGGAAAACAUUUCUUGACCAUUGACAAGAAAUAUGACUACGUCGUGUUCAAUCAUGCCGGUUUCUGGCAGUCCAUUAUUUCCGCCUCCGCCGCUCUUAUGUUUCUCAAAAUUUCCAUUGCCCUUAGCCUGUUGCGCUUGAGCACAACUAGAUGGUACAAAUGGGCAUUGUGGUCAACAAUUGCUCUCGUCGUCUUUUACUCGAUUGGGGGCAUGUUUCCCCUCUUCCUACACUGCAAACCAAUGGCGGGAUUCUGGGACAGGAACAUAAAGCCCCGUCCAAAGUGUAAGAACAACAACAAUCUCAUCUUUUUUGGCAUCAUCAACACAGCAUUCAACAUCUUUAGCGACUUAGUUUUGGCCACACUACCUGUGCCAAUCAUAUGGAACCUCCAGAUGAAGCGUAGGCUUCGGCUCUAUGCUAUCGGAAUUCUGAGUUUAGGCUACUUUGCUGUUGCAAUGGGCAUAGUCAAGGCCUUCUACCAGCUUGCCUACGAUAGUGAGCCCGACAAAACAUUCAAUCGAAGCAUCCAGUUUUGGGGCUUUCUACAGCUGCAAGUCGGCAUUAUCGCGGCGUGCGCACCGACUUUAAAGCCUCUUGUGCGCAAUUUACUCAAUCUUUCUGCAUACAACCACCAGAUACCCGGCGUUCGUAGCAAGCAAUCGGGACAGACCAGCUCUGGCCUACGAACGCUGGAGGAUAACUCGGUCCAUAGCCGUAGCGGCGGAAUUACAAUAAGCGACCAAUAUGAACUCGACGAAUGGGCCCUAGAUCCACGAUCCGGCACGCAAAAGGGCGCGUGUAGAAUUCAAACUGUACAAUCCACAGCAGGCCCUACGCUCCGCAAUCGUGAUCGAAGUGAGAGGCUACGAGUUGAGGAUGAAAUCGCGAUGCAGGUCCAAUGCAGCAACUUGCGCGGGAUCAUCAAGACUACAGAGUUCACCAGAAGGUCUGAAAUCACCGAGUAG